GGACAAGUUUUUUGGGGGAGAAGAGACUUUAGGAAACAGCCACACACACGCACUCACGGCAGCUUCAUAUGGCACGGUGCAGACCUGCGGAUUUCCAAAUAUCUAUUGCUACCUUUUUUUAGAUUUUUCCAAAAAGCAUACGUUCUUUUAUCACUUUUAAGUAAGCUUACAUAUUCCUUUAACAUUUCCUUUUUUAUUCCGGGGCUUUCGGGAUGUGCGCAACUCUUGAACUUUAAAUGCUUGGAUGGUUUCAGGAGCGCUUCCGAGUGCGCAAAAACGUGCCUACUACCAUUCAACAAACUGAUGCCCCCCUCUCCCUCUGAGUCGCAGUGAAUCAUGUCACGCCGGAAGCAGAAGCGACCCCAGCAUCUAGUUAACUCGGAUCCGGGGGGCCCAAGGCUGCUAUCUCACGAUGAUCACCUGGGCAUGAAGUCACCAUCAACAUCUCUUGGCUCAGAAGGUACCUCAUCAGGGUCCUCCUCCUCAUCCCCCACCUCUCACCAGGACUGCCAGCCGCCUUUGGCCCCUCGCCCAUCCCCUGGUGGGCUCCACGCGCCCUCCUUGCCCAGCGAGAGCUCGCCUCCUCCCCACUGGCCCAGCCACAUCGCCCCCUUCACCACCUCCCUCCCCAACACCCACUCUUCCCUCUCCCCAGACUUCCCGCACCCCUCGCUAUCAUCCCAGACUCACUCGCCUCCUCCCCUGGGUCAAACCUCAGGUUCCCACAGCCUUCUUCACCAAGGACACUCCACUAUGGCCUCCCCAACAAUGGGCAGCUCGGCCACCACCACUACCUCGUCCUCCUCUUCCUCAUCCUCUUCUUCUCAGUAUGUGCUGCCUCGCCGCGACAGCUCCAGUCCAGGUCAUCAUCAUCAGGCAUCCACCUCUCCCGGGCAGCAGGGACAGAUCCAGGUGUCACCCACCUUGGCGAUACUCCUGGAAGAGCUGAGGGUUUUACAGCAGCGGCAAAUCCACCAGAUGCAGAUAACAGAGGAGAUCUGUAGACACGUCCUGAGGCUGGGAGGUGCUGUCUUUGGUCAUGAUAAUAACCAACAGGUUGGUGGUGCAGACAGCAACCAUAAGUCCCUAGGACCUGCAUCUUUAUCCCCAACACACCCCUCCACUGCCACGCCAGUAACCACAACCUCAUCGCUUUUGACUGGCCUUCCAUCUUCCCUCUUCCCACAGCCACCCGUCUCCAAAUCAGGUGCUACACAUGUCAAUGGCAGCAGAGCUCUAUCCUCCUCUACCUCGUCCUCCAUGAGCCCCUCUGUUGCCUCACUACACCCUAUGUCCUUGUCACUGGGCCUACCACCGCGCUACCUCCAUGAGAAGUCAUCCAACACCUCCUCGUUUGGCCAUAGCAAUGGUCUCAGUUUCCCCACCCCUCCCCUUCCUACCGCCAGUCAUUCCCAGGAUCUCCAGCCCAGCUCCUCCCUUGGCUCUUCCUCCUUAGCAGGACGCCCUCACCAUGCGUGCCGUUUUUGUGGGAAGGUGUUGAGCAGCGACUCCUCACUCCAGAUCCAUCUGAGGUCUCACACAGGCGAAAGGCCCUACCAGUGCCCGGUGUGCUUGAGCCGUUUCACAACCAGAGGGAACCUGAAAGCCCAUUUCUUGCGCCACAGAGAGCAGAACCCAGAGCUGUCACUUUCUCUGCUGCCCCCGGCACUGUGCGAGCCAACGCCUCCCGCUCCCAGCCCAAUCCAGAGAAGGAGAAAACGGCGUGCCGAUGACGACGAGCAUUUCAACGCUGUGAAAGGAAGCAUUCCCGGGAUGACGGAGAACAUGGCACUAGGGUUCCUGUCUGGUGCGUCCUCUCGGCCACCGCCUUCCUCUUUACCGCUGCCCCCGUCAGUGGACAUGGCGUUGCUGUCUACAGCCCAUUCACUGCUUCAGCUGAACAGAGCCUCGGCUGCAGCGGCUGCCAGCGUGUCCGGCACUGGUCUGCCUCCUUCCUCUACAUCCUCGUCUUCCUCCUCCGCCAUGGGCAGCCAGUUCAAAGGAGUAAAGCAGCAGCGAUUUGAUGAAAACACACCUCCUCACUCUGCCCUCCAUACUGCUUCCCCAUACUCCCAACUGGCCCACCUUCCUAAGAUUCUCUUCCCUGACGGCACCUCCUCUCACCACCUUGCACUUCUACGACCCCCAGGCCACUCAUCUGCCGCCCACCUCACUUCUCCCCAUCAGCUACCCUUCCCCUUUCCACCUUUCCCCAAACCAUCAACCUCCUCUUCAUCUUCUACCACCACCUCUACCCUGACCUCAGACACCUCCAAGUUGCAACGGUUGGUGCAGAAGCUUGAAAAGCAGCCACAGCGAGGUGCCUCUUCUUCCUCACUAUCAGCUGCUGAUGCUCAUGGGGACACAUACGGCCAUGACCUGUCCACCACCUCCAGUGCCUAUCGCAGGGAAAUGUUGGCUGCUCUCGGCCUGAGCCCAAGUGCUACUGGACUUAUGACCAGCCAGGGAGUCUUAGGUUCUGGCAAUACAACUACGAUGACUACUCACUCUCUGCCCACCGCUCAGGCUGCUAAUCAGUGUGCUGUUUGCCUGCGUGUCCUCAGCUGCCCCAGGGCUCUGCGCUUGCAUCAGGCCACACAUCUGGGAGAGCGCCCCUUCCCUUGUAAGCAGUGCGGUCGUUCCUUCUCCACAAAGGGCAGCCUUAGAGCCCACCUUGCCACGCAUCGCGCAAGACCGGCCAACUCCCGUGCCUUGAACUCCUGCCCAUUGUGCCCACGCAAGUUCACCAAUGCCUUGGUACUUCAGCACCAUAUCCGCUUGCACCUGGGUGGACAAAUACCACCUGAUGAAGAUAUGCCUCUCGAAGACGGAGAAACAGCUGCUGUUUUUGAUGAGCGGGAGAAUGACUCCCCAUCUAAAGCCCCACAACUCCUUCCUCUGGCCCUGACAACAAGCUUCAAGUCUCCAAUUGAUGCUCUCACCUCAGGGUCGACUUUUAAGAAAUCCACAGCUGCUGACGCCACAUCUGUGAAGACGGAAGAAUUGGAGAGCUCUGCAUCAAGUGUUAGCCCACCCGUGACCCGUAAUCCCCCCUCAGUGGGAGCAGAGGACCCCCUGCGUCUGGGAGACAACGCCCCAGCUGAUGGUAACCCAAUCAACGGCUCCAUGCACUCUGAAGAGGAGACCCAGGCUGACCUGGUCAGCACCAGCCCUUUCAAAGCACCCUUAGCUAGCUCUCAUUCAGCUGUAAUGAAUGGAGACGCAGAGGCAGAUGACACCCCUUUAUCUCUGUGCGUUUCAAAGCCUGGAGCAAACAAUAAUACGCUGCAAUCCGUGGUUAAUAACGAUGAAGCUUGCUCCACAGACAAACCCACUACAAGUCCUGAUUCCAACCCCAAAACCCCAGCUGCAAAUCCCUCACCUGCACUCACCCCACCUGCCAGCCCCAAAGCUAUCCCUAAGGCUGAAGAGGCCUGUGGCAAUGACCCACAGGAGGCUCAAGAGAGUGAUGCUUCCCAAAGCAAAGGCAAGAGUGAGACCACGACAACAAAAGAGCCUUUGCCGGCGCUGGACUCAGAGUCGGAGAAGGAUGCUCCAAUGGAGGAGAGUAAAGACAGGCACGAAAAGCCUUCAGAGGACCAAGAGCCCUCCGUCCCAGCCCAGCUUCCUCGCUCUGACAAACCCUACAGCUGCUCCCAGUGCGGGAAGGCCUACGCCAGUCGCAGUGGGCUUAAGGGUCAUAUGAAAACUCAUCCUGGAGCAUCAACCCCCGUCAAGGCUCAAACCAAUGACACUGACAUUGCGGAGGAUUGCAGCUCAAAUUCAGCCAAUAAGAGCCCGGAAGAGCAAGAAGAAAAUCAGGGAUUGGCUAAAUCACCUGAGAAGGAGGACAGCACAGAUACUAAAGCGAUCGGUGUUGUUCCGGUCGAGCCUAUGGACACUACUGUGUAGAGUUAGAAUCACUGAGCGGCUGCAGUCAGUCUUUAAAAGGGUCCUGACAAAGGAAUGUAUUUUUUUUUUUUUAAUAGGACGACCUUUGUUUUUGUAGACAUUAAUUCUAAUUCAUGUUUACCUUUUGUAAUAGGCAGAUAGAUGAAGUUGUAGUUUUGCAAGACAUUUGUGAAUGUAGUAUUUUAGCUAUGUUAUUUUUGUAUUUCAAAGACCACAGUGAGGCCUUAUCUUACACACUUCACAGAAUUGUCACAAUGAGAAUUAUUUGUUUGCGCUUUCGUUUGCUGACACCUUUUUCGGCACAUACUGUAUAAGCUGAUUUGAAGAAGAGGGACGAUCCAGCAUUUUACAAGAUGAACUCCAUACCAAAAUAGGCCAGUUUAGUAAUGGCCAAUGUCUGUAAAUAUGAGCGGUGGUUACAUUUUAUGCCUUUUUAUCUGACUUGUUUCUUAAUGCCAUGCUGCUAAAAGCAUGUUUCUGAUGUGCUGAGUUGCACUGAGAGUUGCACUGUGUCCUGUGCUUCCGAGACAUCUUCUUAAACACAUUAGCAAUGAUGAUAACCAUGAUGAUAAUAAUAAUAAUGGUGUGUUAGAUGAUUUUGUGGGAAGUCCUUGUACUUAUUGCUGUAAAAGUUGCUUGCAACUUAUUCAAACUGAUGAUUGUAAAUGUUUUGUUGUUGUCGGUACCUCCCGGGUCAAACCGACAAAUAGGAUGAGCCCUGUCUGUUAUAACUCCCCUCCCUUUAUCUUUCUCCCCUCCAUCCCCCCUGCUCCCCUCUCUCUCAAAGCACUUGAGAGUUUUCUGCGCCUGCAGAUAUUGUACUGCAUUCCUGCUUCACCCAGUUUAGUAUUCCUUGUAAACCCCUUUUUUGUAGCAUUGACAAACUAUGUUCCCAUGACUCCCAUGUGAUGUAUAAAAGAUAAAUAAAACAAUGGCGAUGUGAAGAGGAGA